AUGUCACUCAGCUCGUCAUUAAGUUCGUCUCCAAAUACGCCACUGAACGCACUUCGAAACACACUACCAUCAAGCGAAGAAUCUCCCGAGUCGCCAUCAAUUUUAGCGACAAAUGAUACCGUAGAAAAUAGUGCAGGUCAAGUAGCGGAAAACGUGCAAGGAAAAUUUUCAGAGAAUGACCCCAAUAAUUAUAAUAUGUGUGAAGGAAGGAAAAGAAGAAAGAAAGCUGAGCAGGCUGAGUGGAAGAGAAACAUCAACAAAAAACUGCGAAUGGAAGGAAAAGCUUACUUAAUUUUAAAAAAAAAUGGAAAAGUGUUGUAG